AGUUUUAUAGUUUUUUUUAGCUUACAGCAUACUUCCUAGGAAAUUAAGAAUAUUAUGUGAGGGAAUUAUCUUCUAGAUUUGAUGGACUACAGGUACUUGACAUAUAUUUUUGGUGGUUCGAAUCAGAAAAUGUCUAGUGGAGGGGUUCCAGGUGGGGCUCCAACAAAGAUUAUUAAUGUUGGAGCUUCUUGCCAAAGUAACCAUGGAAUGAACCAUACGGCUUCCCAUCAGGAGAAUGCCUGCAAUGCAGUUGUUGAAAGAGCAGCAAAGAAGAAAAGGGAAUCAAGAAUUAUUGGUGGAGGACUGCGCCAGUUCAGUGUUAUAGUUUGUCAGAAGUUGCAGAGCAAGGUUAGGACUACAUAUAAUCAGGUUGCAGAUGAAAUAAUUGCAGAUUUUGCUGGAACACAUAGUGAUACAGUAGUGCCUUUGGAGUCUGAUGAGAAGAAUAUAAGACGACGGGUAUAUGAUGCACUAAAUGUUCUUAUGGCGAUGGAUAUCAUUGCCAGAGACAAAAAGGAAAUCUGGUGGAAGGGACUCCCAGAAACAAAUAUGAAGGAUUUGGAAGAGCUUAAGGCAUUGCAUGCUGAGAUGAUGAAUAGGAUUGGAAAAAAAGUAGCCUACAUGAAAGAUAUAGAAGAACAGAUUGUAGGUCUCCAGAAUUUGAUGGCACGCAAUCGUCAGUUACUUGAGUGUGGAAGUGCCUCUCCAGAAGGAAGAUUUUCUUUGCCUUUUCUACUGGUUCAAACAACCCCUCAUGCUACGGUUGAGAUAGAGAUUUCUGAAGACAUGCAAUUGGUGCACUUUGACUUUAAUAGUUCACCCUUCUCCUUGCAUGAUGAUGCUUCCGUUCUGAAGAUGAUGCGGUACAACCAACAGCCAGAAUGUAGAGAUGUUUCUCCAAGUUCUUUUAUGCAGUCUUCUUCAAGCUCAGGCACUUCUCAAGGGCCCAAACCCUUUCAUUGGAACUCUGAAACACACUCUCUGAGAUGAACAUAUAUUGGAAAGCAUAAGUAGGUUUGUUGUAAUGUAAGAAGGGAAAAGAAAUAGGAAAAGCACACGUUUAAAUGCAUCUCAGCUGAUGUUUAUACGUCAAUAUAUUUUGUUGUUUAAAAUUGUUUUUGGAUAUCAGCAGCAGUUGCAUGUUUGCUUUUGAUUUUUAGGCUGAAGAGAGCCUUUGCUUUUGAUUUUUAGGCUGAAGAG